CCGUGGUUGGCAUACUUCCGUUCUUGGCGUGAGUUAUAAUCAAAACCCUUUCUUUCUUUGAUAAUUAACGGUUUUAGUGGCAUUUAGGGGAAGAAAAUCUGAUCGAGUGAUCUUUCCCGUACUUCCUCCGAAGUAGGCACCUAGAGUCCGACUAAAUUAUGGCUUCAGACGGCAGGAGGGACGGUCGCAGGCCCGUGCGGGUCUGGGUGGACGGGUGUUUCGACAUGGCGCACUUCGGGCACGCGAACGCACUCCGUCAGGCCAAGAAGAUGGGAGACUACCUGGUGGUCGGGAUCCACUCAGACGAGGAGAUCACGAAGCACAAGGGCCCGCCCGUCAUGACGGAGCAGGAGAGGUACAAGAUGGUGGGAGCGAUCAAGUGGGUGGACGAGGUUGUGGAGGGUGCCCCAUAUGUCACCACACUUGACACCAUGGACAAGUACAACUGUGACUUCUGCGUCCACGGUGAUGACAUCACCAUGACGGCAGACGGCCAGGACACGUACGCUGAGGUGAAGAACUGCGGGCGCUACAAGGAGUGUCGGCGCACGGCGGGCAUCUCCACGACAGACAUGGUCGGACGGAUGCUGCUGCUGACCAAGACGCAUCACAAUCGGGAACACGAGGCACAUCCACCCAGGGAACAGGUGGAGGAGCUGGGAACUGGACACGAGGCCCGCAGCCCGUGGACGGGAGUCUCACAGUUCCUGCCAACAACGCAGAAAAUCGCCCAGUUCUCUGAGGGAGGUACCAACCCCCAGCCAGGCGACCGCAUCGUGUAUGUAUCCGGAGCCUUUGACUUGUUCCACGUGGGACAUCUAGACUUCCUACAGAAGGCUCGACAAGAGGGUGACUACUUGAUCGUUGGGCUUCACACCGACCCUGUAGUCAACUGGUACAAGGGCUCCAACCACCCCAUCAUGAAUAUUCAUGAGCGGACUCUCUGUGUGCUUGCCUGUAGGUAUGUCUCGGAGGUUGUGAUCGGCGCCCCCUACACCGUAACCCAGGAACUGAUGGAUCAUUUUAACGUUGACGUCGUCAUCCACGGGAGGACGCCGUAUCCCCCCGACCAGGACGGGCGCGACCCCUAUGGGGUUCCGAAGGAUUUGGAGAAGUUCAAGCGCAUCGACAGCGACAACGACAUGACGACGUCCAAGAUCAUCAAGAGGAUCAUCACCAACAGGCUGAAUUUCGAGGCAAGGAACAAAGCCAAGGAGGAAAAGGAGAUUCGGGCUUUCGAAAACCUGCAAAAGCAGAUGGCGUCCGGGGAGUGUUUUCUGGAAGAAGCUUGAUUAUAAUAUAAGCAAUGUAAUAAUAUGCUUGCUGUUUUUAAAUAAAAUCUGGUCGGUGUUCGAAAAGCUGAUCCUGUUCCAGAACUUUGGAAUAAAAUCAGUUGAAUCAGAACUCUCCUCUGUCCUCAAACACUUGUACAGUGUUUACAUUAGAUAGUUUCAUAUAUAUGGAAUAGGAGCUGAAGAUUUAAAUGUUUCUACUGUUUAUUUACUUUUGCAUUACAGAAAAUUCUUUGUACUGUCAUUUUGAAUGAUGACAAUUCUGGUCUUUUUACAUACAUUGCAUAUUUGAAGUCCUUUAUUUUGUGACAUGUUUCUGUAUUUACCAAACAGAUUUCAGAUGAGAUUGUGAAAUGAGAGUUCAAAAUAAGCUGGGGUGUGAACAUUGAAACUAAUGUUGCAUAGUCUGGUGCUUAAGACUUGUUUCAGUGGAUUGUUUACAGUGAAGAAUCUAAGCAGCUUUUACCAGAAUAGUAAUUCGGCAUAAACUUUGAAUUUAUGUAAGAGCAGCUAGUAACUUAAUGGUCUCGUGGUGAUAUUGUUGUGCGUAUACUUUCUGAUAGGCUAUAUUAGUAUUUUUUCAGUGAAAUUUCGAAAAGACAUUGUUUGUUUGUACAUGUACUUAGAUCUGCUGGUAUUUUUAAAGAAAAA